AAACGUGGAUGCCAUUCAAUUCGCUGGUUCCUUGUGUGGAUCGAUGAUUUGUUUUGGCGGUUACUUGUGGUUAUUACGUAAACAAGUAUCGCCGUAUUGCUAAAGUUCAAGAGCAAACGUUACGCAACGAAACGCCGCUUUUAUGGAAGAGUAUUGUCAAGAGUAAAACCUAAGCAGGCUGGCGAGUAUGCGAGUUUCCUCAAGGUGACUUCUGGAUAAUUACGAUGGACAAAUGUAUCUGGUCGGUAUAGGGAGAGCGCGACAGCUAACUCCAGCACAAUGCUCAAUUAUAACAAUCAUCUGCUUCCGUAGUCCAUGCCUGUUGCGGAUUAACUUCCUCCGGCAUUCCAUAAUCUAGAUUCUGAUUCUGCACCGGGUGUAGCGUUGUGUGAAAGGUGUAGAGAAGAAAAAUGGCGGAAGCGAUCCCGCGCGUUUCAUCCCAAACCGACCUGACAACGGGCCCGUAUGGGAAGUUGCCAGUGCUAGCUCGGGAACUGAAAAAUCCUGACGAGCAUAAAAUCAGCCCAUUGGAAGAAAUGAGGAUAAAUGUUGAUAAAGUGCCAAUAAUUCAUCUUUGGAUGGCUCAAGGGCAGGCGGAAGUUUUUGGCGCCGAGCUAUCAACAGACAGGAUUUAUACUUUCUUAAAAGGCAGCAAAAUUAGCAUAUGGUCGUGGACUGGAUGUACUAUUAUGAUUGAGGGCAAGCCGAAAAUUUUGAAAACAAAAGACAGCCGAGUUACGACCAUUCAUUUCAAUUUCCACAACUGCCUGGAACAACAUCGAGAAGUCGCUGUAAAAAAUGAUGUGGUUGGUCCUCGAAUACUGGUUCUGGGCAAUGCCAACUCCGGACGAAGCGUAUUUUGCCGGUUAUUGUUAAAUUAUGCUGCUAGAAUGAGAGGGGACGACAGAAGAAAUCCCAUUUUUGUUGAUCUGGAUUUUAUUCAGCCAGAUUUGGCAGUUCCCGGCACAAUCGCCUGUUGUCAGUUUGAUCGUCCAACUGAUCCUAUGUUUGAUUAUUAUUACUACCGGAAAUUUGUGCUUCCUUAUGGCUACCUUAAUACUGAUCCCGAAACUAAUCCGAAUUCGGAAUCGAAUCUCGAACUGCUCCAUUCCCAAAUUCGUAAAUUGGGAGCCGUCAUCGAGAAAAAGUUCGACAAUGAUCGCCGUGCCAGACACAGCGGAGCCAUUAUAAAUUGUUUUUCUGUGGUCAAGGAGUACAGCUAUAGCCACAUUUUUGUUAUUGCGAAAGCAUUUCGAGUUAAUUUUAUUGUGGUGUUGGGCAAUAAGUGGAUGGUGGAUGAACUGCAAAAUCAUCCCAGCCGACAAGAUUUGGAACCGGAUCUACAGGUUAUUUCCAUGCCCAAAGCACAAGAUAUUGUGGAGAGUACCCAGGAGGAACGCCGACUGCACCGUGAAGCGCGCAUUCGCCACAACAUAUACGGCCAUCCCCUUAGGUCACCCAAGCAUCGGCCUUUCAAACAUGAGGUGGAAUUUAGCGAUAUUCUUCUGUGUAAACUGGGAAAUCCAGCCAUAAAUAAGGCAUUAUUGCCGGAAAACGUGGAUCUCGUCAGGGUGAAAACAGCUGCCUAUCCGUUACAGUUGAAGGAAGUCAACUACCUUGUAGAUCAUAUUCUGUACAUUACAAAUGUUGAUACGGCGGAAAAGGUGGCGUCUGAAGGAAGCGUGAUUGGUUAUUUGUUAGUGAAGGGUGUCACGGCAAGUGCGCAGUCGAAAAAGCUUACUCUGUUGUCAAAUUUUGAAACAUUACCAAAGAAAGUGCUUCUGACUAGCGCCAUCCAAUUGAAAGAUUCCUAAUGGUGAAAAUGAUCUGUAUUGUUUUUUCACCUUUUGGAUAUUUUGUCAUAAGUAUUUUCGGAGCGCUCUGCAGGCUACUGAUACAGUAAGGGUUAUAAUGGAAAAUUAACUCGGAUGUCCAGGAAGUCCUCAUUCGUUUGCCGAAGCAAAGCUUUACUUUUCUGAUUUUAUACCAAAUAUGCCAUUGUUAUGUGAAAAUUGAAUAAAAAUCAUGGAACUGGAA